AUGGCCAGCAGAAAGAUAUGCUUGGCUCUAGGAUUUCUUGCAUUUUUAUGGGCUGUAUUCGGUGCUCAAAACCAAACGGAGGAACUACAAUGCAGGUUGAUGGGCAGGUUUAAUUUGACUGGAUAUGUAGAUGCCAAAAACCAUUCACUUAUUAUUGCAGGACUGUUUCCUAUUCACUCCAGGACCAUCCCAGUAGAUGAAUCUAUUUUGGAGCCAGUAUCACCUAUAUGUGAAGGGUUUAACUUCCGGGGUUUCCGCUGGAUGAAAACCAUGAUCCACACCAUCAAGGAGAUUAACGAGAGGACGGACAUUUUGCCCAACCACACUCUGGGCUAUCAGAUCUUUGAUUCCUGCUAUAGCAUCACCAAAGCAAUGGAGUCGGCUUUGGUGUUUCUGACGGGGCAGGAGGAAUUCCAGCCCAAUUUUAGAAACAGCACUGGAUCAGUUCUGGCAGCACUGGUUGGAUCAGGGGGAUCGUCCUUGUCAGUUGCAGCUUCAAGAAUUCUGGGGUUGUAUUACUUGCCUCAGGUGGGCUAUACUUCCUCCUGCUCAAUUCUUAGUGACAAAUUCCAGUUUCCAUCUUAUGUUCGUGUAAUACCCAGUGAUAAGAUCCAGUCUGAGGCCAUGGUGAAUCUUAUCAAACACUUCGGUUGGGUCUGGGUAGGUGCUAUUGCAGCUGAUGAUGAUUAUGGAAAAUAUGGAGUAAAAACUUUUAAGGAAAAAAUGGAGACUGCCAACCUCUGUGUUGCUUUCUCUGAAACCAUUCCCAAAAUCUACUCCAAUGAGAAAAUGCAAAAAGCUGUUAAUGCAGUAAAAAGUUCAACUGCCAGAGUCGUUGUGCUUUAUACCUCUGACAUUGAUCUCAGCCCCUUUGUGCUGGAAAUGAUUCAUCAUAACAUAACCGAUAGGACAUGGAUAGCCAGCGAAGCCUGGAUUACCUCAGCCCUCAUUGCAAAGCCAGAGUACUUUCCAUAUUUUGGAGGAAGUAUUGGAUUUGCAAUACCAAGAGCCGUUAUACCAGGAUUAAAAGAAUUUCUUUAUGAUAUACACCCUAGCAAGGAUCCAAAUGAUACCUUGACCAUUGAAUUCUGGCAAACUGCUUUUAACUGCACCUGGCCCAACAGCAGUGUGCCUUACAAUGUGGACCACAGAGUGAACAUGACUGGCAAAGAAGACAGACUGUAUGACAUGUCUGAUCAGCUCUGCACUGGAGAGGAGAGGCUGGAAGACCUGAACAAUACCUAUCUGGAUAUAUCUCAGCUCAGAACCACGAACAAUGUCAAACAAGCUGUGUAUGCUAUAGCUUAUGCCCUGGAUCGUCUCAGCAGAUGUCAAGAAGGACACGGGCCAUAUUCUCCAAAUAAUACUUGUGCAUAUAUACCUACCUUUGAGUUAUGGCAGCUAAUGUACUAUAUGAAGGAAAUUUCAUUUGAAAUGCAUGAUGGAAAACGGAUGGUUCUGGAUGAAAAUGGAGAUGUGCUCAAUGGACAUUAUGAUAUCCUAAACUGGCAAUUAGACGAUAAUGGAGAAAUUUCCUUUGCAACGGUUGGGAAAUUCAACUUCAAAAGCACUACUAAGUUUGAGCUCAUUAUUCCAAAUAAUUCUUCAAUAUUUUGGAACACUGAGUCAUCAAAGCUUCCCUACUCAGUCUGCACGGAUGUGUGUCCUCCAGGGACCCGGAAGGGAGUUCGCCAGGGUGAACCCAUCUGCUGCUUUGAUUGCAUCCCAUGUGCUGAUGGAUAUGUGUCAGAGAAACCAGGCCAAAGGGAAUGUGAUCCAUGUGGGGAAGAUGACUGGUCCAAUGCACAGAAGAGCAAGUGUGUGCCGAAGGAAGUAGAGUUCCUCGCUUAUGAGGAGGCCCUGGGGUUCACCCUUGUCAUCCUCUCCAUCUUUGGGGCACUUGUGGUCUUGGCAGUCAUCGUGGUGUAUGUGAUCCACAGGCACACUCCGUUGGUGAAGGCCAAUGACCGGGAGCUGAGUUUCCUCAUUCAGAUGUCUCUGGUCAUCACCUUGCUCUCAUCCAUGCUCUUCAUAGGCAAGCCACUCAACUGGUCCUGCAUGGCCCGCCAGACCACUCUGGCACUGGGCUUUUGCCUUUGUCUGUCUUCCGUUCUCGGAAAGACUAUUUCACUCUUUUUUGCCUACAGGAUUUCCGUAUCCAAAACUCGGCUUACAUCCAUGCACCCCAUUAUUCGAAAACUCAUUGUGCUGAUCUGUGUUUUAGGGGAGAUUGGUGUAUGCUCAGCUUACUUGGUGUUGGAGCCUCCGAGGGUGUACAAGAACAUUGAACCUCAAAAUGUAAAGAUCAUCUUUGAAUGCAAUGAAGGUUCUAUAGAGUUUCUGUGCUCCAUAUUUGGGUUUGAUGUCCUUCUGGCCUUACUGUGUUUUCUCACAACCUUUGUGGCUCGCCAGCUGCCAGAUAACUAUUAUGAAGGGAAAUGCAUCACUUUUGGGAUGCUGGUCUUUUUCAUUGUCUGGAUCUCUUUUGUGCCUGCUUACCUGAGCACCAAAGGCAAAUUCAAAGUGGCCGUGGAAAUAUUUGCCAUUUUGGCAUCCAGCUAUGGCUUGUUAGGAUGCAUAUUUCUUCCCAAGUGCUUCAUUAUUUUGCUGAGGCCAAAGAGGAACACUGAGGAAACUGUGGGUGGGAGAGUUCCCACUAUAGACAGGAGCAUCCAGCUGACCUCAGCUUCUGUGAGCAGCGAGCUUAACAACACCGCAGUGUCGACUGUGCUGGAUGAUUAG